GUCGGAAAGAAAAUAUCUUGAGAGUGAACGAUUGCGGCAAGAAAAUGAAUAUUUAAAAAAGAAGAUUGAUAAAUAUGACGAACGUUAUGAUAAGUCCCAGGUCCAAAACUAUCAAGAAAAAAAAGAAAUCCGUGAAUAUCAUGAAAGACAAGCAAUAAGAAAGAAUAAUGAAGUUAUUCAAUUUUUUCAGAAACAGCAAGCUUCUUAUGAUAAUCUUUUACAAAGCUAUCAUUUUUUGGUUGGUUUUAUAUGCUGUUUAGCGGUAAUUCUUGUUGGGAUAUUAGUAAUUUAUGCUUACAAAAAUUAUG